UCUUAAGUCUAACUACUAGAUCUAGAUCUAACUACUUAACUAAAUUACUAAAAUACUACUACUAUACUACGUUUUGUAAAAUAUGAGCUUGUGUUGGACUUUGGAUCGAUACGCUCGUUUUAUUACCGCCGCACAUAAAAAAUCUGAGGAAGAGAAGAAAAGUUCAAGUUGGAAGCACUUUGACAAUACCACCUGCCCUCUUCUGAUGACCAUCACUGAUGAUUAUCAUCUUCUGAUAACACAAGGCUCCAAAGUUUUGGAAAGUCACAAUCUAACCACUGCCAAUUCUAUAAUGCGAGGACUAAGUCGAACUGACAGUCUGCUGAUUUUAUAUAAAGUAAAGAAUGAAACAAGAAGAUUCAGAGUCCGUUUUUGCCAACAGAAAAACAAAACAGGCACUGAGAUGUGCAUUAUUGCAGCACAGGCAUUGUCCAACUUUAUGGCAAUUAAAAUGAACAGUGAAACUAAAUUUGACUUGGUGAAAAAAUUACAGAAAGUUGAAUCAAAUACUGACCAAUCUUUAGAUGCUCAUCCACCAGUUUUUGAAAGAGAUGUUACUAUUGGCUCAUUAGCUAAGGCAGUUAUCAACAAACAUAACCUUCCUUUAGCUUACAGUCAACACCAAACCAAUGAAGAGAUUUGUCCUCACUUACUUCACAUCUGCUUCUCAGAUCCAACUUUUCCAGCAUUUGUAGAAUCUGUGGAGUCGGCCAUUCAUCAGUUGAUCUCUGAUGCAGUGUAAUUCAUUUGACAUACUAAUUUAACUUGAUAAUUUUAUGAUUGUAACUGUCUACUAUGUUUUGUUAUUGAUUGCUUUAUGUAAUAAAUUAAAAUAUCCUGGAGAUUUAAAAAGUGACUUAUUUGAAACUUUCUUCAGGUUGGC